CCCACCAAGCGUUUUCGACGACCGCAACGCACGCUCGACAACCACUUCAACUCACCACACAUCACCCCUCCAACACCGUCAAGAUGGAGAACGACCGUGGCGAGAUCGUCGAUCUCUACGUCCCCCGCAAGUGCAGCGCGACCAACCGCAUCAUUAAGGCCAAGGACCACGGCUCUGUCCAGAUUUCCAUCGCCAAGGUUGACGAGAACGGCCGUGCCAUCACCGGCGAGAACCAGGUCUACGCCCUGUGCGGCUUCAUCCGCGCCAUGGGUGAGAGCGACGACGCCCUGAACCGCCUCGCCCAGCGCGACGGCCUGGUGAAGAGCGUCUGGAGCGCCCAGCGAUAAAUCGGCUGUGCGGAUAUGAGGGGAGGUUGAGGAAGAGGAUUUUGGCUCGGGCAUGAAAAAAAAAAGGCAUGCGUGGAUCUAGAGUUGGCUGCAUCUAGCAACAUCCAAUUCGAGGCGUUUGGGCUCGAUUUCGAGACAAGCUGAACCGUUCCCAAUUUCUUUGCGACCCUGUUCCGAAGUGACGAGCGAAGGACGUGAUAUGCUGUACGCCGGCUAGCAAAAGGCUCCCAGGACUCAGCCCCUACGUGGGUCGCUUCUUUGACCUGGGAGUCAGGGCCACUUCGAUGGUCCCCGUGCCGCAGAUAGAGUGGCCUUCAAAAAGCCGUGGCGGUUGAGCUUCUCGUCAUGGUACAGAUACGGGUCAAACAUUACGCAGUGCUCACAUAUGAAACACAACUUUUGCUCUACUAAUAACACAGCUAGGUGCAACAAAGGCCUGCGCCCGAUCGGACCCCAGCGAACCUCACAUGCCACUCUCGAUGCCUUCUUUGUACGCACUCAGCGCCCGUUCACGGACUUGCUUGUGCUCGACGACCGGCUCCGGGUAUCCCUUCUUCUUGGCCUUGUUCCCCGCGCCACGCCCAUACGGAUCGUGAAUCUCCUUGUCGUCAAGUUCCCUGAGUUCAGGAACCCAUUUGCGAAUAUACUCGCCCGAGGGGUCGAACUUUUCGCUCUGCAGCAGCGGGUUAAAGAUGCGAAAGUACGGCUGCGGGUCGACUCCGACGCUGGCACUGAAGCCCCAGCCGCCGUUGUUGCUGGCAAAGUCGCCGUCGACGAGGUGCUCCAUAAAGUACCGCUCGCCUUUCCGCCAAUCGAUGAGCAGGUCCUUGGACAGGAACGAUGCGACAAUCAUGCGACAGCGGUUGUGCAUGUAGCCUACAUGGUUGAGUUGGCGCAUGGCGGCGUCGACAAUAGGGAAGCCCGUCCGUCCUUCGCACCACCGCUGGAAGUGGUCCUCAUCGUAGGACCACGAGAUGUUGGAAUACUCUGGCUUGAACGGUUUGUUCAUGCUUCUCAUUGUCAGCGUCUCUAUAGCGAGAAUGUAGGGGUGGGCUCUUGGGCGCCUUCCUCACCAGACAUAUGGCCAAUGGACCAGGACGUGCUUGUAAAAGUCAC